AUGGCCGAAACGGGAAAGCUAAAAAUACGGGAAUCCGCCCCAGAUCCGCCCAAACUUCUCGACCUGCCGGCCGAUGUUUUACGCCUGAUACUGGACCCGCUGCCUUUGCGGGACGUGCGGAAGUUACGGCAUAUGCACAGCUUUUUCAACAGCUAUGCCAUUCAUGAGCGCCGAGCCGACGAAUUCACGCUGAUAUCGAUCCUACAGUAUCAAACAACAGAAGUUGCCAGGCUGUACGUAAUGCGACAACAGACCGUUUCUGAAAUCAGAAGAGGCGAAAUCCCCCGAUUUGGCACGGCCCUCCCACUUAGUAGAGAUGCUUGUCGACCACGACGCUGGCCCCAGAAACAGUUGCGCCGAUCGCGACGCACGAGACUCCCGCCAACCACAUGGAUAGCGCGAGAAUACUACAAUUUCGGAGAAGCUUUCCGGGAAACGGCUCUGUUAGGCCGGUUUCGCGCGACCCAAAUUCAGCUCUCACAGGUCGUUAUUGAUAGCAGUAUCCAGGCACUAAUCAUCAACUCCGGCGCUAAGUCCAUCGAAAUCGAUGUUGUGUCCGGCUCUCCGAAUCUUUAUUUGCCAGUACCCUCCACGUGUCGAACACUUGCAAUACGCUGUUCUGCAAACCUAGAAUUGAACCCAAACCUCCUCAAUUUGACUUUCACCAAUCGUCUCAACAGGGCCCAUUUUAGCAAUUCCGUCGCAAGCAUCUUCAGCAUCCACGGCUCCAGUUCUGCCCGCCGCCGAUUGCGGGUGCCCCGGGAUUUGGCCGCUCGAAAUUCCUCGCCCAUCCCGAGUCUGAAAAAUGAGUGUCCUGUCAUUGAUUUGACUGCCGCCACUGGGCUUGAAAGUCUCGACUUCAACGGUGAAUCCUACCAGAUGCUUUUCACUGCCGAGGCAAAGAAUGCCCUCAACAACCUCCGGGCCGGCAUCUCUACAUACCAAGCUCUCGAAACGUUGCGCUCAGAGAUUGAAACCUGUGCUCCCCGCCUCGUUUCAUGUUGGGAAUGUGAAGAGACGGGAGCUACUUUUCUACCUGAUCCGAGAUACCUCACCAUCGAUGAGGCCAAGGGCACCUGGGAGAAAUUUGAAGCAAUCGCGUGCCGCCCAAAUGACCUAUGCGAUGUCAAAGUGUUGAUGCUUAGGACCGAAGCAGCCGAACCCAAAUACGGCCAAAAAUUCGUCGAGAUGGUGGAGCAGGGUCGACUGCGCGCUCGGACUAUCUGGUUCAUCGGAGGCCAGAUGGGGGCUGUGGUAGAAGGGUUGUUAAGGAAAUCCUGCCCCGAGAAAAUUCACUGGGCAACGUCAUUCCGGCCGGUCGCCGAGCUCCAUAUUCCGGAGACGUGCCAGGAGCUCCAUCUGCCGCCCUCCUAUUGGGGAGAGCAGUUGGUCGUCGACUUGACCGUGGCGACGGGGCUCAAGAAAUGCGUCGCAGACGAUGUUCAGAACCUCGACGAUUUGUUUGCACCCACGGUCAUGAUGGCAUUAAAUAAGCUGCGAGCUGGCAAGUCUACGAGAAAAGCUGUCGCCAUUCUGCGUCGCAUCCUCCCCCAGCCUUGGAUAAUCAUCGAAACCCCGCGUCAAUAUGAAUUCAACUUCUUUGGAAGAUAUGUCGUGCAGAGUCGGAGCCGAUUCGAGACGAUGGUCGUGUGGCGGUCGGAUUUUCCGGGCCUUACAAGGGUUGAUCUCGAUGGGAGCCCGAUUACCUGGGAGCAAUUUCGAGGGUUGUUUUGCGGCCAGAGAAAAACCUUCAAAGUCAACUUGCUCUAUCUGUCGGGACGCCGAAAAGCGGUCCAGGUCCCCGACAAAUUCCUCGAGAUGGCACACCAGGCCCGAUUUCGAGCCCGCGAGAUCCAGCUCUCAAGUACCAACACGGAUCCGGGUGUGAUGGCGUUAGUGGCUGAAUCCUGCCCCGAAACGAUCACCGUAACUGAUACCUCCGGCUCGGCUGAUGAGUACCUGCCAGUCCCAGAAACUUGCCGAAACCUUUCCAUCUACUGGAACCGCCGGGCGCCCAACUUUGAAGAGCCGAAUCAAUAUAAAGUCGCUCCUGUCGUGGAUUUGACAAAAGCCACCGGGCUUGAAAAAAUCGAAAUCAACUGCCGGGAGCAGAAGAGAAUGAUGACACCCUUGGCGAUGGUCGCGUUCAAUAACCUUCGCCUCGGCAUAAAAAUUGAUCAAGCCAAGCAGUCGUUGAUCGACGAGUUGCACGAAACUUUUAUAGGCAUCCCGGUUUGGAGAUUCCUCGAAUCAGACCAUCGAUAUUAUAUGCUACAUCAGAAUGUCUCGUUUUUCAUUGAAAAAUCGGCGGAAGUGGCGUCG